AUGCAUAAAUUGGUGCAGUACCGAGUUGAGGCGUGCCCAGAACAGAAAACAAUUAGGAAAAAGAAACUUAAUAUACCACCUGGAAAAUCAACCUGUGCCACUGAUCUUGCAGAAGCAGGUCCAUCGGGUUUACAGCAGGAUAAAACUAUAAAAGAAAAGAAAAGGGCAACAAAACGAAUACAACGCAACGUCUCUUCAUCUUCAAGGUGCAGUGACAGGAACAUCAGUCUAGCUUCUUCCACUGAAGACCACAUAAUGCCUUAUGACUCUGAGGAUGAUGUUCUUCUUGCCAACUAUGUGAGUCAGAUUAGUGAUACUGAUGCACCUGCAUUUCGACAUUUGCCUGAUCUUCAGCAGGAGAGUGAAGUAGAAGAUUAUACGUUCGUACGAACGUUAUACGUUCACACAGAGCAUAGGUGCAUUUGGUUCAUCAAUAAAAUUGUAACAGCAUAA